CUCUGUCCGCUGCGUUGAUUCCCACCUAGCUAAACAGAAAACAACGUGCAGUGCGGAGUUCAAAACAUACAAGAAUGAGGCAAACGCUGUUUCAUCAGACAAGACCAGUCUAGAGUUAACUGUAGAUGGUGUAUUUGAUCACUGUGAAGCAAGUUCCACAAGUUUUUCAUUUGUAUUAGCUGGAAACAUCCUUUACCCUGCAAAAUCCCUCUCUCUCUCUUCCCGCCAGAUAGAACAGAAUGUCCCAGGAAAGUCAGCAUGGCAAGUGGACGCUGUCUGACAGUGAUGAUGAUAACGUAAUACCCCCAACACCUCCAAAGAAGCCAAACCUCAAGCCUGAUCCAGAGCACAGGGCCAAUGCAGUUAACACUGUACCAAAGCCAAAACCCAAAUCUGAGCCAUCUAUUAAGACUGAAGAAAUAUCUGCCCCUCCCAUGGGCUCCGAGGCCCGUCAAGCAGCGCACCUUAACCAGAGUAAUCCAGUGAAAUACGAAAACAGUUCUUCACCAGCUGUUAAACGGAAGAGAGAAACGGAUGAGGGAGGUUGGAACCUCUCGAGCAGUGAUGAUGAAGCUCCUUCAUCUGCCCCUAAAGUAAAACCCAGACAGUCGAGGUCAAGUCCUGCGAAGAAGAAGAUUGAGGACAAGCGGCCGCCGAGUCCACACGGUCCCGAUUAUUAUAAAGAGGAGCCGAGUGAUUUCUUUGAAGCUAACUUAUCUGCCAUGAGUGACACAUACCGCUUUUAUUUAAACAAAGUCACUGGCAUAGAAAAGAAGUACAACACUGGAGCUUUGCACAUCAAAGAAAUACUUUCCCCUAUGUUUGGCACUCUGAAGGAAUCCGUCCAGUUCAACUACUGCUUUGAUAUUCCAUGGAUGGUGAAACAGUAUCCUCCGGAAUUUAGAGACAAGCCCGUGACUAUUGUCCAUGGGGAGAAGCGAGAGUCGAAGGCUCGGUUAAUUCAACAGGCUCAACCUUAUAGCCACAUUCGCUUCUGUCAGGCCAAGCUGGAUAUCGCCUUUGGCACUCAUCAUACGAAAAUGAUGCUGUUGUGGUAUGAGGAGGGAUUCAGAGUCAUCAUUCUGACAUCAAACAUGAUCCAGGCUGACUGGUACCAGAAGACUCAAGGACUCUGGAUGAGUCCCCUGUACCCCAGAUUACCUGAGGGAAGCCCAGAGACUGCAGGAGAGUCUCGCACCUACUUCAAACGUGAUUUGCUGGAAUACCUGAGGGCAUAUCGAGCCCCUGAGCUGGCUGAGUGGAUUGAGCGCAUCAAAGAACACGACCUGUCAGAAACCAGGAUCUACCUUAUUGGUUCCACUCCAGGGAGGUUCCAGGGACCUGAUAUGGAGAAAUGGGGUCACUUAAAAUUGCGCAAGCUGCUGAGUGAACACACAUGCCCAGUACAGAAUGCAGAACAGUGGCCAGUGAUUGGUCAGUUCUCCAGUAUUGGCUCUAUGGGCCUUGAUAAGACCAAAUGGCUCGCAGCAGAGUUUCAGCGAACACUGACGACGCUGGGGAAGGCUAGCUCAUCAUCCAGUCCAGGCACGCCAGUGCUCCUGGUCUAUCCUUCGGUGGACAACGUUAGAACCAGCUUAGAAGGUUACCCAGCUGGAGGCUCCUUACCCUACAGUAUACAGACAGCACAGAAGCAGCUCUGGCUCCAUUCAUACUUCCAUCGCUGGAAGGCUGAGGUGUCAGGCAGAAGCAGUGCCAUGCCCCACAUCAAGACCUACAUGAGGGCCUCUCCGGACUUCUCUCAGCUGGCCUGGUUUCUCGUUACAAGUGCCAAUUUGUCCAAGGCUGCCUGGGGUGCACUGGAGAAAAAUAACACUCAGAUGAUGGUUCGUUCCUAUGAGCUGGGAGUUCUCUACCUGCCCUCAGCCUUUGAUAUGAGCACAUUUCCAGUGGAGAAGAACAUCUUCCCUGUCUCUAGCUCCUCCACAGGUUUUCCUGUGCCUUUUGAUUUACCGCCACAGCACUACUCCAGUAAAGAUCAGCCAUGGAUCUGGAACAUCCCUUACACACAAGCACCAGACACUCAUGGGAAUAUAUGGGUUCCCGUCCUGAAAACCUUGCAAUGCUAUGCUAUGGACCAAAAGUAAGACAGGAAGAUGCUGCUGCUUCUAACUGUAUGGACUGACCUUUGUUUUCUCACAUGUGAACUAGAAGCCUAUAGGCUAGUAAAAAUGGUGCUUUGAAAAGAAUAAAAACUGUAUGAAACAUUUUUUCCUAAUCCUACAUUUAGUUUUUAGCUAUUAAAGGUGAAUUCCGUCAAUUUUUUAACGUUUCUGCAUAAUUAAACAGUAAAGCUGUAAAGUGAUUCAUAGUAGUGAGGAAUACAGGUCUAGAGUAACUUGCCGAGUCUGAAUUGUUCAAAGCAGACA